AUGUUCUCAGAAUAUGCUUCCAGGUUUCUCGCGCAGUCGCAGUCACGGCUGUCCAACUUUGGCCAACCAGACAGUAGUGACCGCACUUCCCGCCAGCCAGAAUGGCAAUCUAGGGGCACGCGAUUAGGAGGCAGAUCGUACCUAGGCAGGGGCGCCGGCAACCCGUACCAACCCAGCGGCUCCCGUUUCUUUGGCUCACGAUAUGCCUCCCAAGACGCCCCCCUCUUCCAGGCCGCCCUCGAGCAUGAGGAGGACGAUGAGGAGGAGCGAGACCGCGAGGCAGCAGACCUGUUCGCCUUGCAGCGGUCCCGGCGCGUCUUUGCUGCCGGUCGCCUAGAAGAGAGCACCGACACCGAGAACGACGACAGCCGCAUCUCGCUAGAACACAGCCAGGAAUACGAUGAGGGCGCAAUGGGAGAUCGCCUUCGGGGCAUCAAGAGCAGCUGGAACGGCACCAGGAGUUUCUCGCGUCGCGGCCAAGAGGGGAGAGAUGCCCUAGGCCAGGGGCGGCAGGGUUCGAGCGAGAGCGAUGAGGCUAAGGGACGCAUGGUGGACGUUGGCCUUGAGUCCAUCAUGGACAGCGAGCCGCCUAUUGAUUUGACCAUGGAGACGCCGAUGGACGACAGCACGCCGCCAGCCUUUCAGAAAUUUAGAUCCCCUGCCGCUCCGACACGACAUCCGAUAAGGAGGGACUCGACCAACGAUUCGGAGCUGGGGAUGCACCCGCCCCCCAGCUCUGCCGACACAAAUGUGAACGCGAUCUUGGCGCAGCCUCCAACUUCUGAUGGAGAGAUGUUUAAGCACGAUGCCUUUUUCGCCUGGAUAUACCUGAUUGCCGUGGCCUCUCUGUUCGCCACCUUCGUUCUGGUCUACCUGCACACCAACUCUAAGAAGCCACUUGGAGACACCAUCUAUACAACUCUAAGGGCGUCCUUUCACCUGUUGGCAGUUGACACCCUCGUAUCGAUUAUUGUCUCGGUGGUCUGGCUGGCGGCGCUCCGGUCGUUCGUCAGGCCUCUAGUGGCCUUAGUUCUCAUUGCCGUGCCAAUCGUGCUGACAUCGUUCUCGCUGUACCCUUUCAUAUCCAGCUAUAAGUCGGGCGGUGGCAGCUCGCGCAUGCAGGAUGUUCUCAUGAGAUGGGCAGCUGCAAUCCCUGCCAUUUCGGCAGUGCUUUGGCUUUAUCUGGUGUUCAAGGGGCGCCAUGCGCUCAAGUCGGCAAUCGAAAUUCUCGAGUUUUCGAGUCGCAUUCUGACAGCAAAUUCCGCCCUAGUCCUGAUCGGCAUGGCAUGCCUGGGUGUUAUUGUUCUCUGGACUUGGGCAUGGCUCCUCAUGUUCACCAGGGUCUUUAUGGGGGGCUACUUCUCGAGCAAGCUAUCGAGAUUUAUCAUCAGCGCAUCGAGCUGGUGGCUCGGUGUGUACUUUGUGCUCAUGUAUAUCUGGACGCUCUCGAUCAUUGCGGGAGUUCAGCGAGCCACGACUGCUGCCACGGUGUCUCAGUGGUAUUUCCAUCGCAAUGCCGUCCCGUCUCCGUCAUCCAGAGAUAUUGUCUCUGCUGCUCUGGGACACUCGGUCACGGCCAUUUUCGGCACGAUCAGCUUGUCAACGUUGCUAGCUCUUUGUAUCCGGCUUCCGUUGCUAGUAUUGCCUCAACGUGCCGCGAACAUUAUCAGCAUGUUCGCGUACUCGUUCAUCCCGACUCCCAUUGCAGCCUUGACUAACCCCUUGACGCUCACGUACGCCGCUAUACACUCACAGCCCCUGGCUGUAGCAGCGAGAGGACUUAGCCAAAUGGACUUUCUUUCACCGCAGCGGCCCACAACCACACUCACGCCAGCGGCCCUGUCUUCGGGCCAUAAUCGAUACUCGCCCUUACUUCCGUACCGGCUCGCCAAACUCAUACUGCACGCGACUCGUUUCAUCAUGGCCACCGCGCUGGGCUUUGCCGGCUGGGUCAUGACAGCACAGCAGUUGAAACUCGAGCGGCCAGAUGGUGGGUUGGGUCUCAGGGGAAGUGCUUACGCAUACGUGGUGGGCUUGGUUGCGAGCUUCAUCGGCUGGGGCAUUCUGGGAGCAAUGGAGGGGAUAAUGAGCGGCAUCGUGGAUGGGGUUGUCAUCUGCUACGGCAGCGAGAAGCGCAUGGUGACGGGUGGCGGCGGGUAUUGCAUGGAAGCCGCCUCCCUCUUUGGUGACAGGAGUGCUGCUGAUAGAGACAGAGACGAGCCUUACUGA